UUAGUCUCAUCUCAACCGCUAUCGUUUUUGUGUACGGGAAAUCGCUUUAGCAACUUUGUCACAAAGCACCCAGUGAGCUCGAAAUUGGCAGGGAUGCUGUUUAUUGCACGGUAAAGGGGACGGGAGAAAAAAAAAGGAAGCCAGCUCCAUUGAGAAGAGGAGGCGUUCGAAAUUCAGCUCCAUCUGGGACCUGAGAACGGUUGUUCCGUUCCGUGGACCUUCAAACAGAAAGGCCUCCUGCAAAGUUCAUGUUCCGACAAGAAACCAAUGUUUUAGUCUUUACGCCGUCUUCUGUUUGCUCUGACCGAGACGUGAAGAGGAGCAUGUAUCGCUACAACGUGUGCAUGUUGCUGGACUGGGCGUACGGAGGGGUGGACCCCAAAUUUGCUGGUAACGGGGGACCCGAGUGCGCGGCGUUUCUGCCUCUCCGCCAGCGAUGGGUUGAGACCAUCGUCUUUGUGGCUAUCUCCUUACUGGAGAUGGUUGUGGCAUACCGCAAGAUCAGACAGCAAGAGCUGGGCAGUGUGUGCCAGGAGAAGCAGUAUAGCAUGGGCAAGAACCUACUCUUAGUUGCCCUGUGCCUCAUCUUUGGCAUUGAAGUUGGCUUCAAAUUUGCCACGAAGACCUUAAUUUACUUGUUGAACCCCUGUCACGUUGUCACCAUGUUGCAGAUCUUUCUCCUUGCAUGUCCUCCCUGUAGAAUUGCCCUGAUUGUUUUCAGGCUGCAGAUGCACAUGUUGAAUGGAGCGUUACUGGCUUUGCUGUUUCCUGUAGUUAAUACCAGGCUGCUCCCUUUCGAGAUGGAGGUCUACUAUAUUCAACACGUCACACUAUACAUCGUUCCGAUCUAUCUGUUGCAGAAAGGGGGUGUGUACAAACCAGAACCACUGGGUGAUUUUUGGUGGGCUCUUCUUGCAACGGGACUUCUAUUCUUCUAUCAUUUUACCUUUCUUCAGAUCCUUGGCUUGGUCACAGAAGUUAAUCUGAACAACAUGCUUUGUCCUGCAAUAUCGGACCCUUUUUACAGCUCCUGGUACCGUGUCUGGGCAUCGGGACAUCAAACAGUGAUGACAGUAACACAUGGAAAAUUGGUUACUCUGCUUUUCUAUGCUGCUGCUCCUGCUUGCAAGUACUUGGUAGAUAUGGUCAAGCUGCCAAUGAAGAAAAUAGUCUGAAAGGUUGCAACAGGUCUUACCUGGCAAAGUAUAUUAUUCAGAUGAUUUUUUUUCAAACGGUGGCAGAAGAUUUAGAAAAGUAGAUUUUUUUUGUAAAAAGGCUGCAAACAGUGGCAAAAUAGUGGCCUUAAAGAGCUUGUUAUCUGAAAUGGUUUUGUACUUUUUGAAAUACUAUGAAACUGAAUGUUCUUCACAACUUCAGAUCUAAAUGAGCAAAUUCAAAGAGCAUAACUAUCACGACAGAAAGUGAACAAUCGUGAAAGAUACAGGAAAAGGCUGGGACAGAUUAUUUGCUUUGUUUGCCUUCCCAUGUAUUGUCUCUGACAAAAGUGCUGUUACCUAAUAUGUUCCCAUUCAAACAGCUUUUGAGUAACUAUAAUUGAGCAAUCCAUCCAAACAAUUGAAAAUAUUAAGUUGUGGAGUUCAAGGAAACUAACCUAUUAUGUUUCUGUCUCUCUGCACGAGGAAGCUAGUUUAUUUAUGGAUUAAAUACAAAUGUCACGACAACGUUGCAAGAUUACUUGGAACAAUUCUGCAAUUGUUAUGUUUUCAGUCAACCUGUAUUAACUCCUAUUUCAUCUUUUGAGGUUUUCAACUUUUUUUUAAACAAGGUGUGGAUGCAUUGUCCAUAUGAUACAUAGUAGGCUAGACAUGUCAGUUGAUCCCAGGCUUCAACCAACUCUGCUCUAUUACUGCUUGGCAUAGCUUUUACUCAGUGUGGUUCGUAAUCUGGUUCCACUUGAUAUUUUGUAUACAUGACAGGGCUUUAACCAAAAAUGUCCUUUAAUCAACAUGCAUCAUAAAGAUAUACUGCCCAUUUGAAGAAACUACUUACUGUCCCUUCUUGCUCAAUUCUUAAACCCCAAAGAUUUUGAGAACCAACAAAGAUGUUUUCACCUAUUACCCAUGUACAUCUAUUUACCAGACUAUGUUCAUUUUAAGUGUGUCCUGCAAGAUAUAGUUCCAAUUGAAGUAUGCUUGUAGGUGUUGCAGUGAUAUUUGUGCAAAUGUAUCGGUGUGUGAACUUUGUCAAAGAUCAAAACUUUGUAAUUAUGUUCCCUAUUGUGCAAUGUUAGUCUAGUACAUUUGCCUUAAAUGUGUUUGUGACUAAAAUUAAAAUUAAUGUUUAUGUGGCAUGUAACUAGUUGGCCAAUAGCACUAUCCUUGUUGUAUAAAUGAAGAUUGGCUGUGUGGUAUAAGUCAACCCUAUUCAAACAUCAUUAAUGCAAAUAAGUUAAAAAUUUUAAAGCUAUUUUCUGCCCUAUUAAACAUUCCAAAAAUGUUUUCCCUUUUAACAAGUCAAAAAAUUAUUAAACAAAACCAGAAUAUAUUUUACUGUGAUAGUGUACAGAGAAAUAUUCAAUGUGACUUUGGGGUAGUUUGCUUUUCUCCCCAGUUUUGGUAUUUUGUAUUCCUUUUAUUCCAUAUAAGCAGAAGACUGAGACAGGAAAAUUGAAUAACAAAUCAGUAUGUGAUUGGCUUCUUGUGUCAACCCUGUUCCUUGUCCCAUAUCCUACAAUAAUCAGUUCCCUCUUUUUGGCUCUGCAGCAUCCGCCCAACCAAUCGCUUGUUAUAUGCAAUUUCCAUUUUGCGGCUUUCAAGUAGUUUUCUUUUUAAAGGUCUGUCAUUUUGUCCUCGUAAAAAAUCCUAUAUUUAAGUUCAGCAUUGGAAAUAGUUUAUAGAUAAUAAUUCAAGUUAAUCUGUAACUCAGAUCGUAGGAACUGCAGAUGCCGGAGAAUCUGAGAUGAGGCGUAGAGCUGAAUGAACAUGGAAGGCUCCUCUGAUGCUGCUUGGCCUGCUGUGUUCAUCCAACUCUACACCUUGUUAUCUCUUAAUCUGUAACUCCUUUCCUUUUCAAAAUGACUUGUCACCAUGAUUCCUCAUGAGUGCAAAUUAGAAUUCUAUGUCAUCCAGAUAAAAGUAUGAAUGUUUGCCAAUAUCAAGUUUUGAGUGCAUUUAGAAGUGUACAAAUAUUUUUAUGUAUUAAUCAUUGUAGAUUAUUCAUUUGAAAGAUUGUCUUUUGGAAGUAGAAAUUCAGAUUUAGAUAUGAAGCAAGUUUUCCCAAUAUUCUCUUUCAUAUUAAUCUUUUCUGCUCUAUCUAUUCAAACCUGGACAUUCCAAUUUACGAACACUUUUAGUUGGGUGUUGUUUCUCAGGUAAAGCAGACUGGAUGUGGGAUCACAUAUGUCCUCUUCAAUCCAAAAUGGGAGAACCAAGCAUAUCAGACUACUAAAAAAGUUCACCUGAAACCUACCAUCUACUGGUACUGUAGUGAGAAAAUUUAAUAUUACAACACUGGUAGCUGCCCAUCAAUAUAACGUUUCAUCAAAUAAUUCAACUUGCCCCUAAUGGCUUAGUGGAUGAUUGCACUGUGGUUUCUACUUGACUUCUACAAACCAAAAGACUCUAGGUCUGAUGGUUGAUCUGUGUUGUUAGCUAAUUCAGCCAGAUAUGAUGAGAUCCCAAUCCUGGUCUAGGAAGUACAGGGGAAGAAAAGGUACUGAUUGAAUAGUGAUAGAUAGCAUUGAUCUUGCUGGACAGUGUACAUGCAUGAUAUCUAAUAAGAACAAGAGUGGGCUGUUAGAGGAUGUCACUUUGGUUAGAAGUCAUUACUAUUUCUUACUGGACUGAUAGUUCCUAAAGACAAAAAAAUGAAAGUGAGGAGACCAGCCAGUCUAUUAGCUAGAGAAUAAACCUGCCAAGCACUAAGGGAAUGAAAGUAUUUUAAACACAGAUUACUGUACAUUUGAUAUUUACUAAUGUCACAACAUUGAUAAAUUGUAGGGUAUGGUACAAAAAUGACACUCUAGAUCCUACUCUUUAGUUGAUGUUACUUACUUUACCUUUACAGACCUAGAGUUAGUUGACUAUUGAGUAUUAGUAAUUGAGUAUUGGUAAUACUUAAAACAACAAGUUGAAGGAAGGGGUUUUAAAAUAGGGAAUCGGUUGAUUGGAAAGUCAACACGUCUGUUGGGGUUGGGUUGGGUUGGGUGGGGUGGGGGCUGGCAGCAACACAGUGAUCAGCAGCAAAUAAAAGACAUCUUGUAAAUUAUUUAUGAAUGGGCCUUUAGGGUUUGUUGAAAAAUGAAUUACAUGACAUUGCACUGCAUUAAAACGUAGCAUCUGAAGACAAGACAUUCCAGAGACAGUAAGAUCUCUAAUAACACAUUUGAAACUAUAGAUAAACAGGCCUUAUGACAGGUGGCCUAAAUGCAAAGAGCAGCAGAGAUGAAGCUGCAAGUUUACAAACUAAGCUUUGACACCAAGUUUUCCAAAGCUUUUUAGAGUUUGUGAAGAUAUUUGACACAUUCUACAACAUGUGGCUGCCUGAAAUAUAUCUGCAAGCCAUUCUGCAGUAUUGAUGGUUCAACUCAGGGAGCUGAAUAAUUGCCUGAAAUCACCUGAUCACAUAUUGAAAGUAAGAUAAAUGCAAAGAUGCUUUUGUUCUCUUGAUAUUGAUUCUGUCAUCACUUCAUUUUGCUUCUUUGAGCUGUAGGAUUCCAAUUGUCAGGAAAAAAUUGUAUUGUUGUAUUUUGACAUUUCAUCUUGACAGUAAAUAUUGUUUUUGUUGGAGACUAAAUCUUUCAUUUAUGGCUAGUGUUUGUAACUUUGCUGGAACAUUUGGAUGUCUCAGCUGUGUUUUGUAUACUCCAGAUAUACCUCACAAAUGGGAAAAAUGACAUUCAAGCUAAGUUUUGAAGACAGCAAAAAUAACAACUCCCUACAAUUUUGGCAACACUGCCAAUUGAAGUGUGCCACUUGUGUAGGUUUUCUAAAUUUCAUUUCAUGUUGCUUUUCUAAAAGAAUGAACAGUUCUGCUUGUAUAAUAAAAUUCAAGUUACCAACUGAAGCAUAUUUUGUGACAUUGCAAAUUUCUGGUUUGCUUUAUGUUUAUAAAUUGUUUAAUAAAAUAUUGAAGUGUUCAGUUUUUUUUAUUAUUCUCAUCAAAUUUUAGCUGAUAUUCUUCAGCCCCAGUGACAAACAGUAUUGUUGUAGUUUAACAUUUUCAGAAAUGAUGCAUUUCUAGUGAAUUUUUUAGUGAAUUCAUUUCAUAGCAGCAGAGGUUAAAGCUUUUG